AUGACCACAAGACACGAAAAGACACAUUCAGUCGACCUUUAUAAUAGGCUCGACGAGAACGUCGACAAUGUCUAUCUCGAAGCAGGCUCUCAGAGCCUCCCAUCGAAGGACUGGCUUACCAGGUUACGGAACGCCUUCUUGCACUCUGCUGAGACUCAAGGCGUGGCACCUGUUCCGAUUGAAGAGAGAAGCGACAGGGAUACUUUUAAACUAUUCAUGUUGUGGCUCACUGCAAACUGCACUACCCUCCCACUUGCUACAGUUCGCCAAACUGAUGAAUACCAUCAGUAUGACCACUGGCAUAUCCGGAACCCUAAGCUUGGACUAGAUCCUACUGUUGUUACAGUAGUCAUCGUGCUAAGCACCCUCCUAUUCAUCCUUCCCGUUGCCUGGAUGGGAAUGAUGGGGCCGAAGACUGGCAUGAGUCAAAUGGUUCAGACUAGAUACUACUUCUGGUAUUACUCAAUCUCACGCUUGAUGACCGUUUCUUUCAUUGUAGCUAACUCGGAAGUCAGCUACUACUUUUCCAUCGACAUUGCGCUGCUACAAAUCGGCACCUUGAUCGGUUACACCAUCAUGACAUCUAUUGUCAGCUCCGUUGGUAUCGGACUUCGCCGUCUACAUCGACCCAUCCAUGCCAAGGUAGGUCUUGACUUGCGCAUCACCGAGACUGGACUAGGCUUACGCCAUCUACAACAGAAUCAAGAUCUUCUUAUGCGUGUACGUGCCGCUGCAGGUGCCGCUGUGCCAGCAAACGAGCUUUGGGCUCAGGCCUACGGUCUCUACUCCGUUGGUGGUAUCAUCAAUGCCAUGAACACUCCUCUAGGAGGAUUUGGAAAGUUCGUCUCGGUCCUCUCUCAGUCUCUUCAUCCGAUUCUCAGUCGCCUUCCCCGGUAUAUAUACUCGCUUCUUAUUGUGGCAAUCAUUGUGCUCAUCUCAAUUGUUGCCAGCUCCAACUUUUACAACUCUCUAUCGAACUUCCUGAGCGUCGUUGGCUACUGGACGGCUUCGUACACUAGUAUCGCGCUUACUGAGCACUUCCGUUUUCGUUGGGGCCGGUAUUCUGCGUACAACAUCUCUGACUGGGAUAAUCCAAAGGCACUCCCGCUUGGAUUCGCGGCCUUGGCAUCGCUCUGUUGUUCUUUCGGACUGAUCGUUCCUUCUAAGGAUACUGCGAGGUACCCAUGGCAGUACGAACCGGCGAUAUCGGUAUGCAAUUGGAAAUUGCUCUCGGUUCACUGA